AGGUGACCAAACACAAUAGAAUGAAGUAUCUGGACGCACUUGCUCAGUAUAAACUAAAUACUCGUGUCUCAGCAGAGAUAGAGGCUUUUAUUAAAGGUAUUACAACUUUGAUUUCGGACUCUUCAUUAUGAGAUCUGGCCAUGGUAUACUUGGGAGAACUAAAUUGCAAGAGCUGAAUUGGAUUACUUUCUCAUCAUUCUGUUUAAGGUGGCUCCAUACACUUUUCAUCAUCGGGGGACUGGUACUUAAUCUUGUCCUAAUGUUGAGUUUUCGCGCGAAAAUAUUAAAAAUAUAUGCAAAAAUAACUUUUUCAGUUCUGAAAUCCGAACCACAAGUCAUGUUUAUUUUGAUGUUUUGAGUCUUCCUUGUUCUCAUUUGUCCUCAAAGAACAAACUUCGUCCUGAUUUUGUUCUGGACAUUGAAUAACUAGUCUUUUUAGAAGACAUUUUAAGGUAAAAAAUGCAAUGUUCAACUUUCAAACUCUUGUGAAAACCGGCGAUCGGCCCGACCGGCGAAAAGUUUUUUACUCCAAUAUUUGGAGAUUUAUAAGUUCAAAUAUCCAAAGUUUUUUGUACUUACAACUGGUAAAUGUAUUCAAAGUGUUACCAACAGCAAAGAAAUUCAGUGAAACAGCAUCUUGCGCCGGCUCAAACUGUUUUAAAUUGUCAACAACAACAUGAAAACACACAAGUUACGACUGUAAACGAAUAUAAAACUACGUAGAAAAGCCAAAAAGUUCAUACAUGUCACACAUAUCUUAUACCAAACGACACAAUCACCUGUUUUCUUGGCGUUAUCCCGAGUUAGCAUGCAAAACUAAAGAUAUUUGUAUUUCUAACAUAUAUUUGAUAUAGUUUCGACGAGACUAAAAACUUUUUUGUGCGUGUUUUUCUGGAGAUGCGCCUGCGAAAACAUGAACGCGCAUGUCAAUUCAUUGAUCUUGCAGAGCUCGAAAAACUUUCGGCCGAGCGAGUGAGAUACCACAAUAAAACGGCGUAAUUCAAAAUUUUGCACGGUGACAUGUGAUGAAAUUUUGCACAACGAUAACUUCUUUUAAAACAAAUAGAAUAACAAAAUUUUAAAAAAAUCUGUAGAUUGGAAAACUCUAAAUCAGUGAACUCUAUAUAUAUAUAUAUCUGGAACGAUAACAUUCAGUCAUUUGAUUGUGAAAACAAUGAAGCCUCGAUACCAAUCUUUCACGCGGAUUGGACGUCAGUCUCAGUCCCUCAAACGUCAGGUUUACGCGGAUUGGACGUCAGUUUCAUUCCCCCUCUUACAAACCGUUGCACGGCCAGUAUAAAUUUGAACGCAAUCACGAAAAAAAAUUAAAAACAUGGGCAACUCAAUGCAAUACAUUUUAGGAGCAAACUGUUUUGCUCCUAAAAUUUACUGCAUUGAGUUCGCUGUCGGAAAAAAAGUCGAGGAAAACUUCCCCGUGUGGAGAAAAGAAUCACUUUUUCAAAUAUAUUGUGUCGUACUGUCGUUCUGGAUGCACAAGGAAAGAGAUAUUCUUGCGAGAAAAUUUCAUUUCACAGGUAGGUAAAUUGACUUGCAACUGUGACUUUGCCGUUGCCAUUUUUCGCGAUUGUUUGAAUUGUUUUUUAGUUUUAUAGUUUUUAGUCAAUACACUGUUACGUUAUUUUUUAAAGAAUUUAUUGUGUGAUGGGAAUUUGCCUGCCAGCAAAAUGUAAAUGAAUAUGUACGUGUGUUUGAAUAUAAAUUAGACCAUAUGGUCUUGGUAAAAAAUUAUUUUAAUACCUACGUUUCGGAGUAUAACUCCAUCUUCAAGUUAAAAGUGAAUAAAGAUAUAAAACUUGGAUAAAAACUUUCAAAACAAUUACAAAUUUUUAUAUAUGUAAGUGAUUUUUAAUACUGUAAGAAAGUUCUUGAACAGUUGAUGACGAAGACAAUGACGAAUACUUAUGUCGUGAUUUUUUUUGUCGGCUUCACUUUUCGCUCGCUGUUAUCAUUCCAGAUAUAUGUAUAUAGAGUUCACUGGCUCUAAAUCUGCAUUUUUUUAUUCUGGCUUUUCUAAUCUACAGAAUUUUUUUAUUUUCAGGGAUGAGAUUCAGCAUUAAAAGUGAAAGCUAUACAGCAGUAAAAAAUGGGGUGUCACCGGCAAUAUUCGGAAAAUAAAUAAUAAAAACCUGCUUAAAAUAGCAAAAAAUACCAUAUUUGGCAAGACUACUGUUACCAUGGAAACAAUGUUAUGUUCAAGAAUAUUGCAAAUUGUUUCUACCAAAUACUUAAUUUAUACUAGGGAAUGCUUAAAAUUAAUAGAUGAAGUGAUAAAAUUUAUAAAUUGAAAUUUUUACGCAAUAAGGUAUUUAUACUACGGAACUGUAUGGAGCCACCUUAAAUAACAUACAAGAAUUAAUAUAACUCAUGAUGGCCGGCUAACCCAGAUUAGUUUUUGAAGUGUAAAUGUGUCUCAGCCAGGUUCCACCCGGUUAGUUCAUACCUUGUUCCAGAGUAGAGUUCAAACCUUGAGCUUUUAUAAAUUUCACUUUUAGGACUCAACGAACUUGUUCCAGACAAUCUUUUGACCAUGUUUAGUGAACAAGAAUUAGAAGUGAGUGGCCUCCUUCCCUGUUUGGUUAUAACCAUUGACACUGCUGAAGACAACGAAAGAUUCGUUGUCCUGAGCUGGAUUUGAACCCGCACAUCUUUGGCGGGUUUCUAGACCGCCGCUCAAAGAGUUCAAAUACCGCUCGAGACAAAGAAUCUUUCGUUCUUCUCUGCUGUGUCAGAAUAAACUAUGAAUUAUGAAACUAGCUUUUCAUAUCUCUGAGGACGGUUCUGAAAUAGAGUUGUAGCCGUAAGACAUGUAAAUUGAACAUUGAAAUGUGUGAUUUAAAAAAUGCUAAUUAAUAUAAUUUUAAAAUUUUCCACCAUUUAGCUUCUCAUUUGUGGCACGAGUGAUAUCAGUGUGAACGAUCUGAAGAACAACCAUAAUAUCUUUGAUAACCACUCAUCAUUCUCCAAGGCAUGUAAUUUGAGGAGCCAGCCAGUUUCAACUAACUUUUGUCGUUUGCUUGUUUGUUUGUUUGUUUGUUUGUGUGUUUGUGUGUUUGUGUGUUUGUUUUGUUUUGUUUUGUUUUGUUUUGUUUUGUUUUGUUUUGUUUGUCAUUUAUUUAGUCCAAUGGUUAGCCCAAAUGCCUAUACCUUCAUUUUCAAUGCUUUGCAGUGCUUAGUUUACUGUAUUAUAGGUAUGUGUUGUGUGUUUAGAAACCCUGUUAUUAGAGAAUUCCUGUUCUGUGUAAUCGUAGACUGUAUUGUAUCUAACUUUUCACUUACAAAACUUUCACAAAAUAAAAAGUUAUUCACUAGAAUUACGUUACUAUCGCAAGUAAAUUAAUGUGGAAAGAGAUGCGAGAGAAUAUUUGUUCACUGUUUCAGGUGAUGUCGUGGUUUUGGAAAUCAAUCGCUUUAUUCAACCAAGAAGAAAUCGCUCGGUUACUCCAGUUUACAACAGGAAGUUCUCAACUUCCACCUGGGGGAUUUUCAUGUUUAACUCCGAAGUUUUCCUUUUCCUCGUCUCCACUAAGGAAUGUCUUACCCAGAGCUCACACAUGGUAUAAAAUUUGUUUAGGUUCAUUCGGUUUUGAACAGUGUUGCUUGUUGUCCUCUGCAGGAGUGUAGGAAUAGUAUUUGCAUGCUGUGUUCCCAUAAAGUUCAAACACUUCAUGGUGGAAAAUUAUUUCUAAAUGUCCUAACCAGGAACGAACCAAAAAUCGGUAGUUUUUUCAAAUGGGCAUCAUUUCAAUAACUAGCUCAGUGGUCAGAGCCAGCCUCGUACCCAGGUGCCUUUUGCAUAAUUUGUUCAAUUUAGUCUUCUUGUAUAAUUUAUUCAAUUCAGUACACGCGCGCGGGGUGCUUGGGGAGGACGCGACGGUCCUGUGUGAAAAGAAACGCACAGAAUCCUGUACGAGGCUGGGUCAGAGCACUAUAUACUUAAUUCUGCAAUUCCAAUCUAUUGUCUUCAUUAGGGGUGAGAUCUAUAAAGUCGAAACGUGACUCAUUGUAUGGCUCUUGUGCUACAUGUAGAUAGCUGCCGCCAUCCCUAUUCAAAGCUUUAAUAUUAUUCAUGUACAAGGGAUCACGUUGCAACUGUAGGUCAUCCCUGAUGUAGACACUAGACUGGUGUGUCGAAACAUUGAGCCAUGAAUCUAUUUUGACCGAGUAUUCUCCAUUCAUUAACUUUAUUCCGGAGUAGCGAGUAUGUUUUACACCUUUUACAAUAUUUUCUCGUUUUAGUUUUAACCAGCUCGUCUUACCAGACUACACAUCGUACGAAGAAUUUCAUCGUUGUCUUCAUCUAGCUAUCACUGAGGGUUGCGAAGGAUUUGGCUUUGAAUAAAGUACUGCUUGGGAAUAUCACACUCAGUAAUAUUUUUUAUUUCACCGAUUGUACGUAGUUGUAAGGUAACAUAAUUAUUAUAGGGUUAUUUAUUUUUAAAUUUGUAUAUAGAAAUUUGUAGAGUAUAUUUCAUUAAAAAUAAUUUUUUAUGGAAUUUAAAAAAUUUCGAAGCAGCUACAUACUAAUAAGGGAAUAGUUAAUUAACCUAUAUUAGGCCAUCACAAGCGUGUCACAAAGUGCAUAAAUUUCCUACUCUAUGUUUAGAUCGAAAACAGAUCAUUCAGCAUGAAAGUCAUUACUUUAAAUGAAGUAAUUUAUGCUCGUCAAGCAGUACUACUGGACCACUUUUGUGAAAAAUCAAUUCGGCUGCCUGAUAAUUACCGUUUUGUAGCUUAAUAUCUUGUUUUAAUUCAGCUCCUGUAGAUUUCGUAUAAGUUACCAAGUGAUAUUCGAAUAACAUUGAAGUGUGGCAUAAAAUUAUUAGCUCGUCCAAGUUGUGGUUGAAUGCUACAGCUUGCACCACAUGUUUUAGUUUAAUUUCGUGUGUGUUCUCCAGAGAGCUGCCUUCUUCAUCAAUGUUAUAAACAUUGAGUUUGCUUCGUCCUUCAGAACAAACGAUUUCACCAUUGUAUGAAAUAGUGAAAAUUUUGGGCUUGCUAAAAUAAACAGUACCUGCAUAAGGUAAAUGUGCAAUCAUAUCGAUUGUCUUCAAAUAUUUGCCUUUGUCAUCAAAAAUAUGUAUGUCAAUGUUGUCUCCAGUAACAUCAAGUAUAAUGACCUUUUUCUGUUUCAUGCAAAAAAUCUUAGUCUGUUCGAGUUUCUUGCUAUCCAGCGACUUCAGUUCUUCUUUGUGCUGUAUGUUUCCUUCCAUGUCAAUGACAUAAAGGAAAUACUUUCUAUGUGCGCACGCUAGAAUGUACAUUUUACCUUUGCACUGCAGUGUAUUGGCAGUGGGCUCUGCAACAUUUUCACUGGGUGUUUCGCAAUCAG